AAAAAAACAAACAAACAAAUUAUAGAUCAGUUUUUUUUAGAGAUCAGUUAACUUUUUUCAAAGAUUAUCAGAGAUUAUUGAAAUUUUUAACAUAAAGUCUUUGUUGAUUCAAACAUACAGUAGUAUUGAGUAUUUAAAUUAAAAUGCAUUUUACACUUAACAUCGGCACCUGUAUGUUUGCGGCACUUGUAUUCAGUAGUCAGUUCAAUGGAUAUCAGCACCAAUUUAUUCAUGGGAUGACUGGCAUUCCUUUACUUCCUCCUGGUUUUCUGGAAGGUAUCUCAUUUUUACCUAACAAUGUGCUUAACAUAACAAGUAUCGGCACUAAAACCCCAGACACUAUGACUACUAUUACUACGACUAUGGCUGGUGACGGCAAUUCAGUAGAAACCGAUACUAACAAUAAUAAUACUGUUAUCAGUACUGUUAGUCCUGAUGAUCAACAGCCACCCGUUGGUAAUAGUACUGCCGAUUCAGAUAUUAACAGCACUACAUCCGAAUCAGGAAGCGAUACAACUUCCAUACAUACAGGUGCCGAUACAACUGGUGUUACCAGCAAUGAGAAUACCCAACAAAGCCAAACACAAGCACCUUCUGUGAGCUCUGGUGUAAAAACAACAUCAGAGAAACCAAAGUCAAAGUCAUCGGGAAUGACAUGGAUUUUGAUAGCCGUUAUUGUCGUCGUAGUGGUCGCUCUGAUACUUAUACUUUGCAUUUGUGUAAUAAAAAAUCGCGAUUCAAGUGAGAAAAAAUCGAUACCACAGUCAACCAGUGAAAGAGCUUUGCCAACAAAAAUGACUGAUAACACGAAUAAGGUUGGAUCAAUUAAAUCAGGACCACAAUCACCGAUCAAAUUGGACGGAAAGUCUGAACCUCCGCCUCCUCCUCCUCCGCCGCCGCCACCACUUCCAGAAAUAUCAUCGGCAAAAACGACUGAAAAGACGCCACCGGUUGAAAAAGAGUCGGACACAGCGCUGGCGCCGAAGUCAGCCAAUGGACAGCCAAUUGUUGUUGAGGAGAGUAAUGAAGAUCCGACACAUGAAUCGGAAACAACGGUGACGGAUACAAAAUCGGAUGAAACAGUGAUCAACAUCGAUGCCGAACCCACUGCCGAACCCACUGCCGCCAAAUCUAACGGUCCCUGAAAUAGUCUGAUUCAUACUGUGAUUAAAAUCGAUACACAACUACUACAACAAACAGAAAUUAUUAUCAAAAAAUUAAUUAUUAUUAUUGUGUUUGUGUUUUUUCAACUA